GCAGUGUAUCUGCCUGGCUGCCGGCUGCUAAGCUGGUCGCCAUAUUUGUGGCGAGUUGAGUAGUUGUGAUUUUUCACGAAUUCGUCGAUUUAUCGACGAAAGGGAGUAGCCAGUACUCCCUUAUUAGUGUGUCGCAGUUAUUCUGUGUAAAUUUUGAAAAAGCUUAUAUUUUUAGUUCAGAGAUUGUUAUUUUCUCAUUGUGUAAAGCUAUAAACAUGGCCUUUUAAAAUGUCGGCUUUGAAUGUAAUUUCUGUGUCUGCUCGCGGAGCUUCCCGCUUUUCUUUUGUGGAUGUUGGAGGAAACCAGAAUGGACAAAAAGUCUAUAAAUCGAUCUAUACCACAGUCGAGGGCAACUGCCGUCGACUGUAAAAAAAAUACAGAAUUGACAUAUAGACCUUGGCCAAGGAAUAACAAAAAACGUGAAACAUCGGGUACUGUACCAAAAAAUGAAAACUACCGUAAAAAUUUACCAGUACAGAGAGGAAGAGGCCAGGUCGACAAAAAGCCCCGUUCUCUUGGUGCCAAUAAUUUUACUGUGGGUGGAGCGGAGAACGCCAGGCUAGAAAAUGAUGAGGAACCUGAAAUAGGUUCUUUGUUGAUGCCAGGAAGCAAAAAGCAAAAUUUGAAUCAUUUGCUGAACUUUAUGUACUACCCUCGAGGGAGUAAUGAGCGGAGAGGGCCUCCACCUCGAAAGCAGGUUGGCAGGACCCAAAACCGUGCUUACCAUCAUUUUGAACAUGACUUGUACCUAAGGACUUAUUGUCAAUUUGUUGUCAAAGAAGAUGGAGAUUAUAAAGAAAAUCUGUUAAACCCUGACCUUCCAAUUAAAUGGGAACAAAUAGAGGAAAUUGUGGUAAGGACGGUUGGUGAAUGGCAAUGCCCCAUAUGCUUGGGUCAUCCAGUGGCCGGUCGUGUGGGUAUCUGUGGCCAUGUGUACUGCUGGGCGUGCAUUUUGCAUUACUCCUCUACUCAUGAGAAGCAGCCACCACCAUGCCCUGUCUGUAUUGUGACGCUCAAUGUGGCCAAUAUGAAACCAACCAGAUUGGUCAAGUGGGAUACAACUGAAGAGGUGACAAUGCGCCUCGUCCGCCGUUUACGUGGAUCCUCAAUAGUAGAAGCUGCGCCACCUCGUGGUGUUUUAACAGAGAUCAAAGAAGCGUCUGUCUUGCCGUUGGAGGAACAGCUGGCUUCACCUUAUGCAAGAAUAUUUUCGGCUAAUCAACAACAGAUUCUUGACAUAAUAGAGAGAGAUAAGGAAGAGAUUUCAGCUCAAAUUCAAGCAGAAAUAGAUACAACAGAACUUGUCUACUUGGAACAAGCAUUAAACAUGCUUAAAAUUAAAAAAAAAGAAAAUCUAAAACGGCAACAUGUGAAACCCAAAAUUGUUGAGGAGGCAGAGGUAGCCGAUGAAGUUGUUAUCGAGAAACAUGAUUUAGCUGAGAAAAAAUAUGAUUGGUUCGAUCUUGACGAAGACGAGGGCGCCACUUGUUUAGAUGAAUUGUCAGAAUUAGACAUAAAUGAUGAAAUGGCUGAGACGCCUCCGGAACCUGAUCCCAAAUUUGGGUUUGACUUUAAUGACAAUCCUUUGGAAAACUUGGAUGUUAGGGACAGUCCCACAGAUAUAGAUCCAAUUAAUAUAACCGAAGUUGACAGAGAGAAUCAAACGAGAUACUUCUAUUUUUAUCAAGCCGAGGAUGGUCAACAAGUGUUUCUAAACAGUUUGAAUGUGCGUCUGCUGGUCGCGUCGUGGGGUGCUCUUGUGGCAGCUCCGCCCCUUAUACGGUCACGAGUGCUGCAUCGAGAUACGGUCUCCUUGGGUGAACAGACCCGUAAACACAUGCCAUACACAGCCCACUUGCCUCUUCAUUGCUCCUUUGAUGUAGUCGAACUAGACUUAAAGCCUCCCUACGUCACUCCAGAGGCACUUGAAAACUUUGCUGUGGAAAUAGAGCGCCGUGCCCGCAACCGCGCUCGCCAAGAACGCGAAGAACGACGUCGUGAGCGUGCUUACCAUCGCGCUAUGGAGGGUCCGCCUAAACCUGACUUCUUUUCCGAUGUCCUGUUUCCACCACCUGUUUCCCCCUUGGGAAGCCCACCAGAACAUAAUUUGUAUGAGCCUGGCCCUUCUGGUGAACAACCUAAACCGUCUACCAGUGGCUCUGCUGGACCAUCCUUUGCAAAGAUGGCAGGCACGAGUGGAACAUGGCGGGUUCGGAAGACCAACGUACCUCCUCCUCCCAUUGAAGUAAAUGAGGAAAGUCACGCCCCACGCUCUCUAGUACUGAGCGACGCAAUAGAAGCUGCUCUGCAAGCGAGUCCUUCAAACGCCCCGUCCAAAAAGAAAAAAUCCAAACAAAAAUUGUUAUUUGCAACCGGUAUGAACCGGUUCCCAUAAACCUCAAAAUCUGUGAAACCAGAUUCCAUUACAUACUAUACGAUUUUAAUACGUUGAUAUUUGUAUCAGCGAAUAACCUUGUCUAUUAUAAAAGUAUCUGUAAGCAUAGUGGCCGUUCUAGAUUACGUAAGCACUAUGUGGGGGGGUCUUUGAUUUUCUUAUUUGGUGAUUACGUCAACAGUAAUUAUUUACUUUUUUUACACAGAUAACCCACACAUUGUCUAUGCUUGAAAACAACAUGCAUAUUCCAGGAUUCCUAAAAAGCUCUCCUAAAAUAAUUAAUACGUUGUACUAUUAUUUUUGGGAGUGUUGCUUACUUUUGCGAUCAAGAGGAGGGGGGGGGGGGAUAAAAUUCAGUAAAUCUGCUUACGUAAUACUUGAACUCCAUAGGUGAUAUAAUAUUUCAAUAUAUAUAAACAUUCAAUGUCUCAGUUUGGUAGUAUUGAUAAACAUCGUAACUCAAUAUGCUAAACUUAAUCAACUAAGAUAAAUUGUAAAAAUAAAUGAUUGACUUUGAAACUUAAGUUCUACUUUACCCCAGUUACAAAAUACAGAUUUUCAGGUUUAUCAGUCUUUAAGUUUUGCAUUCAGUUUGUGCCUGUGACAAUGUUUUAAUAUAAUUUAUAGAGAGUUUAUAUAUUUUUAAUUUGACAUGCGCUUAAAUUACAAAGCGUAUGGCUCAUAUGUAAGAUUUGGUUCCUAAUUUGUUAAAAUAUUAACUUUUUUUAUCCUGGCAAGUCCAAAUUUUUGUGUACAUUGUAAAGUUACAUUUGUUGUUUAAAUUCUUGUGUUCCCAAUUUGGGUAAAAAAUAUUGUUUGAUAAAUAAACAAGAUAAAAUGGAUCGUUAAACUAUCCGUUGAUGUCUCGAUGUAGUCUUUAAAAUGUAUUUAUCAUGGCGUGAAAGACGUUAUAUAUAUUUAAACACUUUUUGUCGUCGUAGAAUCAUAUAAAUAAAAACUACUUUAAAAAGGUGA